AUGGCAACAAGAGGGGGAGGCUCUGAUGAUUCAUGGGUGGCGAAGACCCACAAAGCGAUGAAGAAGGCUAACAAUUCGGUUAUUGGUUACGUGACUUCCAAGUCUCACUGGCCAUUGCCUCAUGGCCACAUAAGCUUGAGGCCUCAACACAAGAGUGUGGAGAAGAUUAUGAGCAUGGGUUUUGAUCUCUUUAGGCAUAAGAAACCUUCAAACGACGAGGUGGUUCAUGAGUUGCGUCUGCUUGAUAACCGUUUGACCCAAUGGCGGUUUGCAAAUGCCAGAGCUCAUGUUGUGAAUCAUAGAAUGUCUCUUCUGGCUAAGGGAAAUUUGAUAGGUGCUUUGGAUGGUCUAGCCAAUUUGAGAUAUUCAGUGGUGCUAUUGAAGAUAGAGUUUGAGAGAGAAAAGCUUGAGCUGAAGCUAGAUGAUGUAAUACAUUCUCAAAUGAAGCUAUUGCAAGUGUGGGGAAGUAUAGAAAGGCGACAUGUAACCGCAAUUACAAUAAUAUACGAGUGCUUGUAUGCUGUUGCAUGUAGACUUCAUCUUUUGGAUGGUGCAAUGGAUAUAGAAUUAGCAUCCAUUGCUCAAAGUCAUGCAUUGGACCUAACAAAUUCGAUUGAGUCAUUGUUAUCUACUUUUUCACCCUUGGCUGAUGAGACUGCUGAGCUAUUAUCAGAAUUAGCAGAAGUUGUUACACAAGAGAGGUUCCUCUUAGAGGAAUUCGAUGAUAUCUUCCACACCAUACGUGUUCUAGAGGGUGCUUUUGUUUUUGAUGGAACAAAAAAGAAGUAA